CAUUGAUUUUAUUAUCCAAAACCAGAGCAAGGAUUUUUUUUUUUAUUUGCUUUUUACAUGAUCACUGUGAUGGCGCAGUUAAGCGGGGCCGUCCAUGUCCAUCUCUCACACAGCCCCCUGUUCGUGGAAAAAUAUCUUAAUAUCUGCGUAGAAGGGCACGAUGGCAACUACCCGGUAGUGCAUGAGGAUGUAGCUGCUGCAGCUGUGGUCUCUUUAUGAGACGUUAGCAAGCAUGCUAACCAAAGUGAUGUUAUGAAGGCUUCAAAUGACAUUAAACAAUUGCUCAUCUCUGUGUAGGUUCGCGUUGCGUGUUUGGACACAGUAGAGAUAUCUGUAAUUAGGACAAGUUACGGCAAGCGUCAAACUUGCAGUGUAGCUUAAUCCUUUCCUGUAUAACCAAUUCAACUCAUUAUAACGUUACUUAUUUACAACCGGUUUAUACAUCAAAUGAUCUUGUGACUUGAAGUUGUAGACCACAGUUUGAUGUAGGCUUAUGGCAAUAUUUUAAUUUGGAGAAUGCAAAUGUCUAUAUAAUCGCAGCUGUAGCCAUUGAAAGGAGGUCUUUGAAGCAAACUGCAGUACCACUGAAAGCCACUGGCUAGUUUUGUAAUAUGGGCGAUUACCACAUGUGGAAAUGGUAGAGGUGAUUUAUGUAACUGUUGAUGUAGCAUCCUCAAUAUAACAUCUUACUCGUCUAUAUUCUAACUACUUUUUAUGUCUGCCUCAGUUCCAAGGCACAUGUGUGGUAGACAUGCAGUAGACUGUAGCAGGGGUUUCAAUUGAAGCAAGGGAACAGAGAGUUCUAGCCACCACUGGUGAUUUAAUGACAUCUCAUUUCAUCUCUCUCUCUCCUCUCUCUCUCUCUCUCUCUCUCUCUCUCUUAGCUGUUUUGUGCUUUUUGAUAAGUGCUUUGGGAGUAACUGCAGGAGCACAUCGACUCUGGAGUCAUCGGUCCUACAAAGCCUCAUUACCUCUGAAAAUAUUUCUUGCCUCUGCGAACUCGAUGGCCUUCCAGAAUGAUAUUUUUGAGUGGGCCCGGGAUCACCGAGUCCACCAUAAAUACUCAGAGACGGACGCCGACCCCCAUAAUGCCCUGCGGGGAUUCUUCUUCGCCCACAUUGGCUGGCUCCUGGUGCGAAAGCACCCCGAUGUUAUCGAGAAGGGACGCAAGCUGGAGCUCAGCGACCUGAAGGCUGACAAAGUGGUCAUGUUUCAGAGGAAGUACUACAAGCCCUCAGUGCUCCUGAUGUGUUUCUUUGUGCCGAUGUUCGUGCCUUGGUACUUUUGGGGCGAGACCUUGUGGAUUGCCUACUUCGUCCCCGCGCUGUUGAGGUACACCAUGGUGCUCAACGCCACCUGGCUGGUCAACAGCGCUGCCCAUAUGUGGGGGAACCGGCCCUAUGACAUCAAAAUCAACCCCAGGGAGAACCCAUGGGUCACCUUCAGCGCAAUAGGCGAAGGAUUCCACAACUAUCAUCACACUUUUCCCUAUGACUAUGCAACGAGUGAGUUCGGCUGCAGGUUAAACGUCACAACCUGUUUCAUUGACUUGAUGUGUUUCCUGGGCCUGGCAAAGGACUGCAAGCGAGUUGCCAGCGAGACGGUCGAAGCACGUGCCAAGCGCACUGGCGAUGGAAGUGUUCGGAGUGGCUGAAAGGCUAAAUGCAUCCGGUCCAGGGCCUACCACUGGGGCUUGGCUAACAAAGCCAGGUUGCUCAAACUUCAGAUACAUCUACAGACAAAGGCCAUCAGAGUAGGAGGUGCAUAUCUUUAUUACAUUGUAGUCGCACCUCGAAAAACCUGUGAACCUGAGGUGAAGUCAGUUGUGCCCAUAGCUUAAUUUUUUUUCUUUUUUGUUUUUCCUGUUGGAAUUAUGAGAAGUAGCCAAAUGUUAUUUUGUAUAAUAACUUUUUUUUUUUUUUUUGGUCAUUCAUUUUCAUUCAUUCAUAUUAAUCCGAAUUAUUCAUGAGAAUUUUUUUUUUUUUUGUGCACUGAAACUGCCUUUUGGUCACUUCAUUGCUGCAUUUCAUAGUGUUUACAGUAGGGGUGGAGCAGUGUGCUGAUAGGACGGUGAACCUGAUAAGGAACUCUGUAAUAUUGAAUGCUGUGCCAGUAUGAUCACAACAAAACCAACCUUAUCUGGAGGAAAAUUCAUUGUCAUGUUUUGUGUGCUGUAUUACACAGGCAAACCGUAAACCAUGUUACAGCCUGUGGUCUUUUUUUGCACAGGUUCAUAGUAACCCCCAGUUUACAAGACACAAGGUCAUUUUGGCCCUCACAUCUCAAAAAAAGGGAUCUGGCUAAAUUUACCAAAAUUGAUGGUUUGAAUUCAGGCAUUAAAUACACUGCUGAAUGAUUCCAAGGAUAUGCCAGUCAGAUUAAAGUAAUUUCACUCUCCAUACAAAUCAUAAUUUAUCCAUUUAUUACUACAUUCUGCAUUCCUGCGAUGUGAUGGUGUGUUUGUCAUUUGCAGAAAUGCAUUUAGAGUACAUGAAUGUGGUGUAAGCCCAUUGUCAUGAAUAAUUCAAUGGAAAGAGGACCUUAGGAUGUCCCUCAAACAGCUCGUUGCUCAAGACAAGUUUUACUAAACGUUAGACACGUUGAAAGUUGAAAGUGUAGCUGUUGGAUUCAAACACUGCCAUUGAGUAGGUGGCUAUUAUAUGUCAUUUGCCACUGUCAGCUGAGGACCUUAUUUAAAACCUUCAAGGUGCUCAUGACAGUUCCUGUCAAACGCCACUGUCCCGUUUUCUAUUUCAGGCCACACAAAGUCACGUUAUUUGGCUAGAAUUUGGUUAGAACUGAUCUUUUCAACUUGCUUUUAAGAUGCAAUGGCAAGAAUUCCUAACAUUUGCCCCCUCCCUCCUUUUUGUUAUAAAUAUUUCUCAGCUUCUUUGCAGUAUGGCUAAUUGUACAUCAAAUUUGAUCAAAGCAUGGAAAUAUGUUGGCAAGAUCUUUUCCAUCUUUAGUGAAUAUGCUUUGCUAGCGCUAUCAUCUGUGUAAGUCCAGGCAUCCUAUAGCGGUAACAGACUGAAUUGGUUUUUCACAAUGCCAGAUUAGUUAAUAGUGCUUUGGAUUGUACAGAUAUUAUUUGAGAAGUGGUCUCCGUUAUUAAGUUAUCCUUCUUUUUCAGAGGCAUCUUGGUGUUGGCCUCACAAAUUAAAUGUAAUAUAGUUACCUAAGACCAUUUGUACUGCAUGCUACAAACUACUGGAAGCUUGGAGAAAAAAUGUGAUGUUUCUUUUCUUUUUCUUAUGGCAGUAUGCUUUUUCACUUUUUUUUUUUUACAUGGCCAAAGUGACUGAAAUGUCCCAAAGCUUUUUUUUUUUUUUUUACUAUUUUUGUUUGGGUUUCUCUUGUUUAUCUUUCCAGAUAUGUCAAUUUUUUUCUGUAUUUGCAAUUGUUGUUUCUCGUAUCUAUGAUAAAAAAAAAAAAAGACAAGAGAGAGGGUUAAUUAGCAAAUGAGACAUUGGUGCGGAUGAACCUUUGUGCUGUUUGUAGAUGUUCUAUAUGAAUUAACUGAGUCAGGAAUCUGCCCACUGCCUUAUGCCCUGCAUCCAUUCCCUGUUCACCUCUAAUUCAUGUUGAGGAGAAGUGGUGACAAAGGCAACCCUUGGUGUGAACCUGCGGUCCCUUGGUGGUUAUUGUAUUGGCUAUUAUUGACACAUGUAAUUCUGUAUGCCCUGUUAAGAGCUGCCGCCCUUCAAUACAAUCUGUGUGCUAGGAGUUUGCGAGGAGAUCUAGAAACUGGGAAGCUGCUUCUACUCCGCUCUUGUAAAAAACGUGAUGGGUCCGUAUGCAGAGAGCCAAAAUGCCAGCCCCUCCAUGUGUCCAAGUUCCCUUAAUUCAGUCCAAUUUAGCCAUGCAUUGGGAGAAUAUAAGGCUAGAAUCUUCCCUCUUUACCAGUACUUGUGUACUGAAGAAAAGUCCAAAAGAAGACAUAUUUAAAAAAAGAAAAAAAAAGUUUGAAUUCAAAUGUGUAAUUAAAUUGAUUACUGUUUCUCUAACUUUUGCAGUGCAAUUAUUGUCUAGUGUUCUUGAAUUCUAAAUGCCUUAAGAUCAUUUGGCACAUUUUGCAAGGAAUGUUGUAUGUUACUGUAAAUAGUGCAGAUUUUCUACAAGGUGGGAAAGAUAACUGUUUUGUUCCUGUGUCAUGCCACAGUAAUAUUUCUCUCCAAAAUCCAAUAAAAAAAAAGGCAAUUGUA